AUGUAUAUUUUGGUUUGCUUAUUGUUAUUAUAAUAAGUAGAACCAAAUGCGAUAUUCUUUCUACCUCAUUCACAUGAUGAUGUUGGUUGGUUAGACACAGUAUGGAAUAUUUAUGAAUUUGGACCAGGAGUGAAAAACAUAAUAUCAUCAUAUUCAGAAGCCUUAUUGAAAGAUUCAGAGAGAAAAUUUGUAUAAGUAGAAACUAUAUAUUUUAAAAAAUGGUAUGAAGAAUAAGAUAUUGAUACAAAACAAAAGAUUAAAUAAUUAAUUUUAAAUAGACAAUUAGAGUUUGCAGCAGGAGGAUGGUCAAUGAAUGAUGAAGCAACUACAUAUUAUGAGGAUAUUAUUGAUUCAUUCACUGGAGGUCAUACUUACUUAUAUGAAUAAUUUAGAGUUACACCAAGAGUUGGUUGGUAAAUUGAUCCAUUUGGACAUUCUUCUACAUUUGCUUAUAUAUCUUAUAUGAUGGGGAUGGAUGGAUAAUAUUUUGCAAGAAUUGAUUAAUUAGAUAAAUCUGAGAGACUUAAAAAUAAAAAUUUAGAAUUUAUAUGGAAUCCUAAACCUGGAAUUGAAUUCUUCUGUCAUAUCAACUAUAGACAUUAUUCAAGUCCUCCAGGAUUUGAUUUUGAUCCUUUGAGAUCAUCUCCUGAAAUAUAAGAUUAUUAAACAACUUAAAAAGCAAACUAAUUAUUAGAAUAUUUUGGAUAGUAGUCUACUUAUUAUUAAGGAGAUACUAUUGUACAUACUUUAGGCGAUGAUAAUGAAUGGUCAUCUGCUGAAACAUAUUUCAAAAAUAUUGAGAAAGUAAUUCAAAAUAUUAACAAAAGAAACAGUACAUAAAAAAUAUAAUUUUCUACUCCUCAUUAAUAUUUAAAAAUAUUAAACCAAUAAAUGUUAUCUUAUUCAGUUAAAUAUGAUGAUUUUUUCCCAUAUUCAGAUAAUUUCCAAUCCUACUGGACUGGAUAUUAUACUUCCAGAAUAAGUUUUAAAGGAUAUGUUAGAUAAUUGAGUAAAGAAUUUCAAUAAAUAAAAACCUUCUUAUCUAAAUAAAUUUCUUAUGAAAAUAUUAAAGAUGAAGAUGAAUUAUUCUAACUAUUAAGUGAACAUAAUUAAAAUAUGGGUAUUGUAUAACAUCAUGAUGCUAUUACUGGAACAGCCACACAGUUUGUAAAUGAUGAUUAUGUUAAAUUAUUAUAAUAAUCAUCAACACUUUUAGAAUAAUAUAUGAGAAAGCAUGUUUCAAUAAUAACAGAAUAAUAGUUACAAUAUAAAAAUUAUGAAUUUUAUACUUGUUAUUACAAUAAAUCUAUAUCUGACUGCAAAUAAUUAGAUUUAUGGCUUACUUCAAAUAAAACUGUUCUUUUAGCUUUAUUAAUGAAUUCAAAUAGGAUAGUUAAAUUACCUGUUCCUAAUCUUCAUUAUAAAAUUUUAGAUGAAAAUAAUAUAUCUUUAAAUUAUUCUUUAUUAUGUGAUAAUCAUGAUUGUGCUUUAUAUUUUAUAAUAGAUUAAGAUAAGAUUUAAGAAAUAUAAUUUUAUAAAAUAAUUCCAUAAGUAGAUAAACAUCCUCCUAUAACUAAAAAAAUAGAGAUUAUUUUAAAUGAAGAUUCUGAUUUAUCAACGAUUUUAAAUAAUAAUACAAAAACUAAUCAUACUUUUAAAUUAUCAUACUCAUACUAUAAAUCUUCUUCUGAUUCUAGAUAACCAAGUGGUGCAUAUAUAUUUAGACCUGAAGGAAACCUUUAUCCUUAUGGUAGUAUUGUUCAUUCUUCCAUUCAUUAAGAUGAUAUUGUUACAGAAUUAAUUAUUAAAAGAAGUGAUGUAACUACAAAAAUAAGAAAAUUUAAACAUUUGAAUAAUGAAUAUGAGAUUGAAACACAUUUGAAUUCACUUGAGUUCAUUAAUAAAACAGGUAGAGAAGUAGUUAUGUUAAUUGAUACAGAAAUAUAAAAUAAUAAUAUAUUUUAUACAGAUAGUAAUGGUUUAGAUCUAUAAAAGAGAAUUGUAAAUUAUAGAGAAACUUUUAAUUUAGUGAGUUCUGAACCUAUUUCAUAAAAUUAUUAUCCAGUAACUAAUAUGAUAUUACUCAAUUAAACUAAUGGUUAAUCAGUUGCUGUUAUUAAUGAUAGAUCUUAAGGUGGUACUAGUUUAAAACAAGGAUAAAUUGAAUUAAUGAUUCAUAGAAGAAUAGGAACUGAUGAUAGAAGAGGUGUUGGAGAAGCUUUAAAAGAAGAUAUAGAUGAUCCUUAAUGUUAUAAAACUAACAAGUGUUCAACUAAAAAAGGUAUCUCUUAAACUUUAUUACAUCAUCUUACAUUCUUUGAUAGCAAUCAUAAUCCAAAUUAAGCUAGAAAAGUUUAAUUAAGACAAGAUAUGAUUGCACUCAAAUAUUUUGCAGAAGAUUUUUCAUCUACCUUCAAUUUUUCAAAAAAUAAAGUCAUCGCUUAAAGUUAUCUUGAUGAAAUAGUAGUAUUUGAUGAAGAAUCUAUAUCAAAAAUAAGAAUCGAACCAUAAUUAUAAUAUUUUAUUGUUAGGAUACAUAAUCUAUAAGAAGUUGGUAUUAUUGAUUUUAAUCUACCUAAAAGUGUUUAAUAUUUUUCAACUACUAUGAAUGGUCUUAUGACAAUUGAAGAAUGGCAAUCAUCUAAAUUAUGUAUUAAAUCAAUCUAUUAUCAUAGAAUGGCAAACCAAGAAUAUUACUAAAACUUAAUUUAUAUCAAACGAAUUUUAAGUUCAACCCUUAUUCAUAUCAACAUUUAUUAUUAUUAGGUGA